UCCUGUUCUGCGAGCCUCGGUCUGGUGUGACCUGUAGUACCCCGCAGGUGCAUGCCGGGUAAUAUCCAACAUGGCUGCCGGAGAUGGACAUUGAACCGUCAGAUCGCACUGUUUCUCUUGUGACCGGUUAUCUCCGAGCCCGUGUAGUUUAGAUCAUGGCGAGCGCUACACAAGAGGUUUAUAAGAAGAGCCUGAAGGGCGUGAAGAUCGCCCAGGGAGCCGUGGUCGCGCUGGCAGUGGUCUACGGGCUCAAGAAGCUGUACCCCCGCAUCUACUCUCAGCUGAGCGCCCCCCGGCAAAAUGCCGGCUCCAAGGAGAAGAGCACGACAGAAGAGGAGAAAGCCGGGUCACCUAACGGACCCGUGGGGACAGGUCUUCAUAAGAAAGGAGCGGCGACGAUUAACAAGGACUUCUUCAAGCAGCUUCUAAGGCUGAUAAAAAUCAUCUUUCCGGGUGUGUUCACGAAGGAGGCGGGGCUCCUGACGCUACACUCGUGUUCGCUGGUCUGUCGGACUUUUCUGUCCAUCUACGUCGCCAAGCUGGACGGCCGGAUCGUCCGCAGCAUCGUGCGGCGCGACAUGAGGUCGUUCGCGGCGCUGCUGGCCCAGUGGCUCGCCAUCGCCGUGCCCGCCACCUUCAUCAACAGCGUGCUCCGCUUCCUAGAGAACAAGCUGUCCCUGGCCUUCCGCACAAGGUUAGUCAACCACGCGUACAAGCUGUACUUCGACCGGCAGACGUACUACCGCGUCACCAACCUGGACGGACGGCUCAGCAACCCUGACCAGUGUCUCACCGAGGACCUGACGGUGUUCAGCCAGUCCGUAGCACACCUGUACUCCCAGCUCACCAAGCCCAUGCUGGACAUCGUGCUGAUCUCCGCAGCUCUGGUCAACAUGGCGGCCGACAAGGGCGCCAGCGCCAGAAUACCCAGCAUGAUCUCCGGGACCACCAUCUUCUUCACAGGACAGAUUCUGCGUGCAGUUUCCCCCAGGUUUGGGAAGCUGGUGGCAGAGGAGGCCCACAGGAAAGGUUACCUCAGAUACGUGCACUCACGAAUCAUCACAGACUCCGAGGAGAUCGCCUUCUAUGGGGGGCAUCAGGUUGAGUUGACACUGCUCCAGAAGAGUUACCGUGCGUUAGCAGACCAGAUGAACUUAAUCUUCAGGAAACGGCUGUGGUACAUCAUGCUGGAGCAGUUUCUCAUGAAGUACGUCUGGAGCGCAGCAGGACUGCUCAUGGUCGCCGUGCCCGCCAUGACGGCCUCUGCCUACCAGAACGAAGGUGGUUUAAGUGACUCGGCGAGAAAUGAGGCGAUAAGCGAGCGGACGCAGGAUUUCAUCACAUCACGGAAACUUCUGUUUGACUCGGCCGACGCUGUGGAGAGAAUAUUCUCAUCCUAUAAGGAGAUCACGGAGCUCGCCGGCUACACCACGCGAGUGUCGGAGAUGUUUGAUGUGUUCGAGGACAUGCGCGAGGGACGGUACCAGAGAACGACGGUGGCAGCGACAGAGGGGGAGGGCAAGAGGCAGCUGGCUGUGAAGGGGCUGCAGCGGAUAGAAGGGCCUCUCAGGAUAGAGGGUGUGGUGAUAGAGACCAGGGACAGCAUCAUCCUGAAGGACCUGCCCAUCAUCACCCCUACAGGCGAUGUGGUCGUGGCUUGUCUUAACCUCACGAUGGAGCCUGGCAUGCAUGUCCUGAUCACGGGGCCCAACGGCUGCGGGAAGAGCUCGCUGUUCAGGAUCCUGGGCGGGCUGUGGCCUGUGUACAAGGGCAAGGUGUACAAGCCAAAACCCGACAGGAUGUUCUACAUCCCGCAAAGACCAUACAUGUCAAUCGGCACCCUGCGGGACCAGGUGAUCUACCCAGACACGCUGGAUAACAUGCGGAACAGGGGUGUGACAGACGAGGACCUGAUGCGGAUACUGGGGAUCGUACAUCUACAGCACAUCGUACAGAGGGAAGGGGGCUGGGGCGCCGUGAGUGACUGGAAAGAUGUGUUAUCUGGAGGAGAGAAGCAGAGGAUGGGGAUGGCCAGGAUAUUCUACCACAAGCCGAAGUUCGCCCUGCUUGACGAGUGCACCAGUGCCGUCAGCAUCGAUGUUGAGGGAAAAAUCUUCCAGGGGGCAAAGGAUGCUGGGAUAGCCCUCCUCACCAUCACCCACAGGCCGUCACUUUGGAAGUACCACACCCAUCUGCUACAGUUUGAUGGGGAGGGGGGCUGGCGGUUCGAGGAGCUCGACACGUCAACACGCCUCUCUCUGAACGAGGAGAAACAGAAGCUGGAGUCUCAGCUCGCCGGGGUGCCCACCAUGCAACAACGACUCAACGAGCUGUGUGAAAUCUUGGGGGAGGACUCCGUUCUUAAGGACUAGCUGUAAAUCUUUAAGAAACAACACUCAUAAGGGUACCAGCAAUGUACGAGUAAACUUCUGGCUGUAGUCUUUCCAACCUGUCCAUUGAGUACUUCUCUAAAAGGACAAGUCGUAAAUUUUAAAGAAACAACACUAUUAAGGAUAAAGGUAUGGUCAAAACUGCCCACUCAAAAGACCAAUAAAAUCUGCCCACCUUACAACAACAGCUGAGACUUGCUGUGCGGAAUUUUGGGGGAGAACUCAGUUCUGGAGGACUAGCUGUGAAUCUUUUAGAAACAGCACUCUAAGGAUAAAGGUACAGUCAAAACUGUCCACUUAGAGGACCAAUAACAUCCAGCAUGCCCACCAUGCAGCAAUGGCUCAACAAAGUCUGCAAAAUCUUGGGGUAGGACUCUGUUCUUACAGACUAGCUGUGAAUCUUUCAGAAACACUCUAAGGAUAAACUUUAAGGUACAGUCAAAAUUGUCCACUCAGAGGACCAAUGUCAUGCAUGUAUGGCAUGUCACCAUGCAACAAUGGCUCAGACGAGUCAUGCAAAAUCUAAUGGAGGACUUUUGAAGGACUAGCUGUAAACUUUAAAGAAACAACACUCAAGUGUAACAAUACAGUCAUAACUGCCUACUCAAGGGACAAAUAAGAUAUAUGCAGAUUGGUGCACUAUAGACAGGAUUCAUAGUGCUUGUGUCAAUGGGGGAAAUUUUCUAAGGGACCAGCAAAAAUGAUCACAAUGGGGCAGAGGUCUUAUGCAGAGACUUGUGAGUUAUACAGAUUUGACUUUACUAGAAAUAUAGCUGAAACAACGGUCUAGGAUAU